UUUACACAAUACACAUACAUAUAUUCCUGAACAGUGAACCCUGCCCCUGAUUCCUAAUUGAACUCUCUCUCUCUCUCUCUCUCUCUCUGAGCCAAAAUCCCCAGUUGGGACGCACGCUGUAUCUGUCGCCCACAACGAGCCAACCAUCUUUCUUGCUUAGCUAUUGCUGUUUUAAUGGAGGGAGGAGACAGCUUGUUAGAUGCCAUCUAUGAAGAGGAUAACUUAGAAGGCAUUGAUGAUGUUGAGAUGCUUGAUGUUGAAGAAGGAGAGUUGGUGGAGCCCAAUUUACAUAGUGAAAAGGGAAAAAGCACAGGUGGAGAUGUCAAUUUAGAAAUUCAAGGAUCUCAAAGUAAAAAUCGUGGGCUUCGGGCCAGAAAGAAGAAGAAUAGGAGAAAAAAGGGUGGCUCAAGGCCAGUUACAGACAUAAACAGGUUUGUGUUAGAUACGUGUAGGCGUUUGAAAGAGAGAAAAUCAUACAUGGUAUAUACAGCUGUAGGUUGUUUGGGAGUUUCUGCAUUAAAUGAUCUUGUCAAAGAGGUGGAUGCAAUUCAGGCUUGUGGAGGUCAGAUGACUGCUGAUGGCAGCCGCUGUCGAAAUGGUGGUGGCAUAUUAUGGAAUAUCAUUAAAACACGAGAACCAAAAGCCUACAAAGAGAUAAUGAAAAAAGUGCAGGAGUUUGAGAAGCAAUUCAAGCCACCAAAUAAUAGACGAGGAGGGGAGCCAAAGAAGGAAGGUAACUCACCAGGAACCACCCAUUCAUUUGUGGAAGGUACUCCUGCCACUUUUUCGGAUAAUUCCCAGCCAAUAUCUCAGAUGCAAAAUGAGCAGACAAAUACUGGUGGUAUUGAACGAGUGUCUGUUCGUGAUAGACUAAGGAUCCCAGUCUCUUAUGAUGAUGACCUUCUUGGAGAGCAUACGAAGGGUGAUGCAGCUUGAUUUUUGGAUCAUACGAACUUUAUGGCUUGGUAUUGUAGGUUUCAUCCCCAGAUGAGGUGUCAGAUUAUUGUGGUGUUUAUGCCAUAGAUGAAACAAAAUGUUCCAACCCAUUUCCAUUUGGGUGGGGAUGGGGGAUAUUCCUUGUUUUGUACAAGAGAGGCUGCUGCAGUAUCGAAGAUAUUGGAUUUUGUUUUAAAAGAAAAUUUCCAAUAGAAUCUCAAUUGAAGAAUGAUCCUAAUCACCAUUUUUUGUGAUGUAUUCAUUCUUUUAUAGCCACUAAGCCUUUUUGAUGGUGGAUUGUUCGUGAUUUAUUCAAUUGAUUCUCUUGCUACUCGUUAUUUUGGAUGAAUAUAUAUUAUCUUGUUAUUCAACAAGUACUGAAA